GGCUGGCCUCGAACUCACAGAGAUCCGCUUGCCUCUGCCUCUGGGAUUAAAGGCUUGUGCCACCACUGCCUGGCUUGUGUGCAUUCGAAACAUUCUCUGCAUAGACUCAAGGUUGCAGAACCAGGCUGCUACCCAGAGCCAGCACACUGAGGAUUCCCAUAGGCUGUCUCUCAUCCCAACAGUGUCUGCUGUGCUUGGAAGAGCGGAAGAGGGACACAGGCACGAGGUCCCAGGAAUAUAGCUGCCGAGUGAAUCCAGGGUGGCUAGGGUUAGAAAAGCUGCCUGGGAGAGGGUCUCUGCCCGGUGGGUGGAACUCAGGCUGUCCUCUGAGCUCCCCCUCCCCAUCAGUCCUGACUGUCUCCCACGUGGUCCAGCGCCCCAGCUCUGGGCUGCCCUGUGCUCCUGUGUCAAAGGCUCGAGCACUCAGGGCCACCGCCAGUGGUGGUUUCUGGAGAAUUUCAGCGCUGGCCAGCAGAAGCAGCCCCAGGUGUGCUGGAAGCCAAAGAAAACAGGAGGUACCCCAGCCAGGCAGGGAGUGUGCCCGGGAACCUCCACCCUCCCUCGGCUGAGCUGUUCUCCCUUCUCCCACUCUGCGACAAGUUGGGCCUCAAGACGUUGGCACUGCCUUUGCUAGCCUCCCCCUGCUCCAGUUGGAGCCCCGACACCUCUGAGUGACAGUGUAGCCUAGGCUGCCUCUUGAAGGAUGGGAGCUGUUGUCUUCCUGUGUCCCCACUAGCUACCUAGCAGGGAACUUGACUCAGGAUGGGCAGAUUUAUGUAACACAGAUCUAGACACACAUCCUCCAACACCCCCUCACUGGAGCACCACUGAUCUAAGGCCCUUUUUAGUCUUUGUCCCUAGGCCGCUUCCUCCAGGCAGCCCCCUAUGACUUCCUAUUGGAACAACAACUCUUUCUGGGACUCUGGCUUGGCUUAUAGUGGCCCCAGAUGGCUCAGUCCCUUCCCUGACUCCGGCUUCUAUGUAACAGACUGAGUCGGGACUCCUGGCCCUGAGGUGACUGCCCAGGAAGGAGGAUUUUUCAGUUCCCAGCCAUUUUUAUUUUUGUGAUUGACUGUCUCCCCAGCGGCUGGGGAGCAAAGCUGGGUACAGAACCCCAGGGAAGCAGAGGUUCCCUUCCCUACUCCAUUGUUUCCUCGACAGUGCAAAAGGGGAAACUGAGUCACAGACACCGUUUCCUGGUGAUUCUGUUUCUUUGGAAGUACUGGGACUGGAGUCCAGGACGUUAUACUCUCAAAGUUUCCUGCAGACGCCCGCUGAGCCACGCCCAUGGGGCCUUUUGCAGGGUUCAGAAAUGUGGACUGUAAGAACCUGAGUGUGUUGGUUCGAACUUUUCUAUCACUUGUGACUCUGUUUCUCCAAAUGUUAUACCGUCUUACAUACAGCCGGCACCCGAUGGUGAACGGGAGUGCGAGUGGGGAGCCCCACUUGACUCCCUGAGGCUCAUCCCUCUUUCUCCUCAGACUCCAUCAUGUCCUGACCAAUCGUAGGUCAUUCCGCGGGGCCGUGGGGCGCGGCCCUGAAUGCAGAGUCUGGCCUGUUUACCUUGUGGCGGACUCUGGGCAGGACCGCGGGGGCUGUCCCGGCCGGGCGCGGGAAUAAAUAGGGCAUCGGCUGAAGGGCGCCAACAGCAGCUGCAGCUCCGUCGUCAUGGGCCCCACCGCCUGCGUUCUAGUGCUCGCCCUGGCUGCCAUGCGUGCGACCGGACAGGGCCAGAUCCCUCUGGGUGGAGACCUGGCCCCACAGAUGCUGCGAGAACUUCAGGAGACCAACGCGGCGCUGCAGGAUGUGAGGGAGCUGUUGAGACAGCAGGUCAAGGAGAUCACGUUCCUGAAGAAUACGGUGAUGGAAUGUGACGCGUGCGGGAUGCAGUCCGCGCGCACUCCGGGCCUGAGCGUGCGGCCUGUAUCGCUCUGCGCUCCGAGCUCCUGCUUCCCUGGCGUGGUCUGCACGGAGACGGCGAACGGCGCGCGCUGCGGCCCCUGCCCUCCCGGCUACACUGGCAACGGCUCUUACUGCACCGACGUUAAUGAGUGCAACGCUCACCCCUGUUUCCCGCGCGUGCGGUGCGUCAAUACCAGUCCUGGCUUUCACUGCGACGUCUGUCCGCAUGGGUACAGCGGCCCCACCCACGAGGGCGUGGGGCUGGCCUUCGCCAAGACUAACAAACAGGUUUGCACGGAUAUUAACGAGUGUGAGACCGGGCAACACAAUUGCGUCCCAAACUCCGUGUGUGUCAACACCCGGGGCUCCUUCCAGUGUGGCCCCUGCCAGCCCGGCUUCAUGGGUGACCAGACGUCAGGCUGCCAGCGGCGUGGGCAGCGCUUCUGUCCGGAUCGGUCACCCAGCCCGUGCCAUGAGAAAGCGGACUGCGUCCUGGAGCGCGAUGGUUCGAAGUCGUGCGUGUGUGCCAUCGGCUGGGCGGGCAACGGGCUCCUCUGCGGCCGCGACACGGACCUGGAUGGUUUCCCGGACGAGAAGCUGCGCUGCUCAGAGCGUCAGUGCCGCAAGGAUAACUGCAUGACCGUGCCCAACUCGGGGCAGGAGGACGUGGACCGCGAUGGCAUCGGAGACGCUUGCGACCCGGACGCGGACGGGGAUGGAAUCCCCAACGAGCAGGACAACUGCCCGCUGGUUCGAAACCCAGACCAGCGCAACUCGGACAGCGAUAAGUGGGGAGAUGCUUGUGACAACUGCCGGUCACAGAAGAAUGAUGACCAGAAAGAUACAGACCAGGAUGGCCGGGGUGAUGCCUGUGACGAGGACAUUGAUGGAGACCGAAUAAAAAAUGUAGCUGACAACUGUCCCAGGGUGCCCAACACUGACCAGAGUGACAGCGAUGGUGAUGGUGUUGGAGAUGCCUGUGACAACUGUCCCCAGAGAGACAACCCGGAUCAGAGAGAUGUGGAUCACGACUUUGUGGGUGACGCCUGUGACAGUGACCAGGACCAGGAUGGGGAUGGACACCAGGAUUCCUGGGACAACUGCCCCACAGUGCCCAACAGCGCCCAGCAGGACUCGGAUCACGAUGGCAAGGGCGAUGCUUGUGAUGAUGAUGACGACAAUGAUGGCGUCCCUGACAACCAGGACAACUGCCGCCUGGUGCCCAACUCGGGCCAGGAGGACAGUGACAGGGAUGGCGUGGGUGACGCGUGUCAGGGCGACUUUGACGCUGACAAGGUCGUAGACAAGAUCGACGUGUGCCCCGAGAAUGCGGAGGUCACUCUCACCGACUUCAGGGCCUUCCAGACGGUCGUGCUGGAUCCCGAGGGGGACGCGCAGAUUGAUCCUAACUGGGUGGUGCUCAAUCAGGGAAUGGAGAUCGUGCAGACCAUGAACAGCGACCCUGGCCUAGCUGUGGGUUACACAGCCUUCAAUGGCGUCGACUUCGAGGGCACAUUCCACGUGAACACGGUCACUGAUGACGACUAUGCUGGCUUCAUCUUCGGCUACCAAGAUAGCUCGAGUUUUUACGUGGUCAUGUGGAAACAGAUGGAGCAGACAUACUGGCAGGCCAAUCCCUUCCGGGCAGUGGCCGAACCAGGGAUCCAGCUCAAGGCAGUCAAGUCCUCCACGGGGCCUGGGGAACAGCUCCGAAAUGCACUGUGGCACACGGGGGACACAGCAUCCCAGGUGCGGCUGUUGUGGAAGGACCCUCGUAAUGUGGGCUGGAAGGAUAAGACAUCCUACCGCUGGUUCCUGCAGCACCGGCCUCAAGUUGGCUACAUCAGGGUGCGGUUCUAUGAGGGUCCUGAGCUAGUGGCUGACAGCAACGUGGUGCUGGACACGGCCAUGCGUGGUGGUCGCCUGGGCGUCUUCUGCUUCUCCCAAGAGAACAUCAUCUGGGCUAACCUGCGCUACCGCUGCAAUGAUACACUCCCUGAGGACUACGAGAAUCACCAGCUGCAGAGGGCCUAGGGAACUCAAGUAGGGCACUGCUGCCUGAUGAACUGUGGUAGCCUGAGCUACAGGUGUCUGUGGGGCUGGCAUCACUCUGGAGGGGUGCCUGGCCUGGGGAGGAAAGGCUAAUAAAAUAUGAAUGUGGGGGA